CACCUCUCUGACUCUGCUUUUAUAAGACGGUUCUCUCUGCUUCACGACCAGAGAAAAAACAAAACCAAAACUCAGAUUUUUUUUUCCUUCAUUUUUUUCGAAAAUUUCAUUUCUAUUGGCGUUUUAAGACAAUAAGCUUCCUCAGUUGAGACGAUUAUUUAGGGUUUUAAUCUUCAAGAAAAUGGGAUUAUGGAUUGGAAAAGGCACCGGAGGAUUUCUCCUCUAUCUUCUCGUGGGCUUCUCCGUCGCCGUCUUCUCCGUUUCUUACGUCGGAGAGACAAACCCUAAUCCUCAUAAUCUCACCUCCUCGUCUACGCUCUCUGUAACCGAGAAAAUCUGGCCGGAUUUGAAGUUUAGCUGGAAACUUGUGGCGGCUACUUUAAUAGCGUUUCUAGGAUCUGCGUGUGGGACUGUUGGUGGCGUUGGAGGCGGUGGAAUAUUCGUUCCUAUGCUCACUCUCAUUCUUGGAUUUGACACAAAAUCUGCAGCUGCAAUCUCAAAAUGUAUGAUAAUGGGAGCAUCUGCAUCAUCAGUUUGGUACAAUGUAAGAGUUCGUCAUCCGACAAAAGAAGUACCAAUCUUAGACUAUGAUCUUGCUCUUCUCUUUCAACCAAUGCUUCUCCUUGGUAUCACUGUUGGUGUUUCCCUCAGUGUUGUGUUCCCUUACUGGCUCAUCACUGUCCUCAUCAUCAUUCUUUUCGUCGGUACUUCUGCAAGAUCUUUUUUUAAAGGCAUUGAGAUGUGGAAGGAAGAGACUUUAUUGAAGAACGAAAUAGCGAAGCAGCAACAAGGUUCCACUGUUAAUUCCCGAGGAGAACUUUUAAUCGACACAGAGUAUGAGCCGCUUUAUCCUAGAGAAGAGAAAUCAGAACUGGAAAUAAUUAGGUCCAACCUCAAAUGGAAACGGCUUUUGCUUCUGGUGACUGUGUGGUUGGCUUUCUUGCUCAUCCAAGUUAUUAAGAACGAAAUCAAGGUCUGCAGCACACUAUAUUGGGUGCUUUUCAUCUUACAGUUCCCAGUUGCUUUGGCGGUGUUUGGAUUUGAAGCAGUGAGAUUGAUCACAGAGAACAAAAAGAGGCAAAGUGAUGGAAACACUGAAUCAAUCUGUGAGGCUACGAUCGAGUGGACUCCUCUGAGUCUUAUCUUCUGUGCUCUCUGUGGACUCGUUGGAGGGGUCGUAGGUGGUCUCCUUGGAUCCGGUGGUGGAUUUGUUCUUGGCCCUUUGCUUCUUGAGAUUGGAGUCAUACCACAGGUUGCUAGCGCGACAGCUACUUUUGUGAUGAUGUUUUCUUCGUCCUUAUCCGUAGUUGAGUUUUAUCUCCUCAAGAGAUUCCCAAUCCCAUACGCAUUGUACUUGAUGACGGUAUCGAUCCUUGCUGGUUUCUGGGGACAAUCCUUUAUAAGAAAGCUUGUGGCAAUCCUGAAAAGAGCGUCAAUCAUCGUUUUUGUUCUAUCAGGAGUCAUUUGUGCCAGUGCUCUCACAAUGGGAGUGAUUGGAAUAGAGAGAAGCUUAAAGAUGAUACAUAACCAUGAGUUCAUGGGAUUCUUGGGUUUCUGCAGCAGUCAAUGAAUCCUCAGUUUGCUCAGUCAUUGAAUCCUCAAUUUGCUCAGUCAUUGAAUCCUCAAUUUGCUUGAAGAACCUUUAAACAAAUUUUUUCUUUUUGAAGUAUUUUUCUCUCAAAGUGUUUUUCUUUUGAUUUAUUGGCCAAUUUCGGUUGUCCAACAAUAUCAUUGUAAGAAACUAAGAAUAAAUAAAAUUGAAUCAGAUUGUCUUAUUGGGAGGAUUUGCUUGUAAUCCAAGUCGUGUGUGAUA